AUGGCUCUUUGCGAGCGAAAACACAGAUUGAUCGACCUCGAUGACCAGGUGGUGGAACCAGCUCGUAAAAAGCGCUGCGAACAGGAAGUUGCAUUCGCCCGGAUGAAGCAAGAGGACGGGCAAGAAGAGUUGGAUCUUUGCCGAUUCUUCAGGUGUCCACGCGAGAUCCGCGAUAUGGUCUAUCACAGCCUCUGGAAACAGACGCCUUUUAUGCUAGUCGCCUGGGAUGCUGAAGACAACGACAAAGUGUUCGGACGGAUCGGGGCCAAGAUCUGCGCUCUCUACGACUCGUGGCCUGAUAUCCCUGAAGGACCCAAGCAACCCCUUCCUCAAUGGCUCCUCGCAAGCAAGCAGAUGCUCGCAGAAGGCAUCAAGCAGUUCCAAGACCACGCCGUGUGGUGCGUCUUUACGCCCCAUUCACUUUCUGGAGUAUACCGCUUGCAGCCUCUCUUACAUCCAGCAAACGCAAAAGACGUCAUCGUCUACCUAGAUUCCCUGUGCACCGUGUAUCACUUGGAAGCAUACCCGGCCGAUAUCAAGCAGAAGUGGAUUACGGGAAAGAAAAGCUCCUUGGAAACCCUCUACAGCCUGCUCUUACCGAACGAAGAUGACGAACCGCGGUUGAGGGUGUUGGAGUUCCGCGCUCCGGUAAGAUAUCUCAAGCUGGAUUAUCAUCCGCACCUGUAUUCAUUCUUCAAAGCCCUCGAGGAUUCGAGCGAAGACGAGGACGAGGAACAUGGAGUGGAAGAUCAAGACAAGAACGAGGAGGAUGAUGAGACCGGGAAAAGCAGCGAUGCUGUUCACGACGACGAUGACCCAGACGAAUCCGCCGACGGAGACAUCUUCGAUCUUUCCUGCCUUGAGCCACCGGCAUGGAUUUCCGACAGUCUGUCAGAGUUCCACAUGCGGCUGAGAUACAAGGACAUAUUCAAAGACAACGCAGAGCUACCGUCUGCUGCCGAGUCGAUGAUGUACGAUGGAAUUUUGAAGCUGGGAAGCGCAAUGAUAGGGCAGAACUACGCUUUUGGGGUGUUUGUGGGCUUGGAGAAGAAACAUGGCGCUGACGAGCCUUGCCUCGGCCAGCGACUUGAGUUCAAGCGUUAG